AUGCAAAAAAGAAAAUCGCCUACCCAGUCCGACAGCUCCAGGUCAACACACUCCAAACAAUCGAUAGGUUCUCAGUAUGCAAACCAAUCACCCGCAGGCGGAAACAGUCGCACCAGUACUAGCAUCACUCAAACCAUAGGGAACAUGUUUGAGAAAAUGACAUACGGCCCCAGCGACAAUAACAUGACAUCUUCCGGGUCUUCGUCCGGCUUUUCACUUAUACCAGGAAGUGAGGCGGACGCACUUAGAAAGAAACAUCCGGCCCAAAAGCCUGUUCUGACUAAGAAACAGCCCCCUGGAUUUUUUAAAAUCAAAGGUAGUGGAGUCAAGAAGUUUAAGACUACAUCCGCUACAAUGAGGAAGGUGAUCGAAGCAACACAGAAAGCUACAUUGGAAAUUUUGUCCAAAACGGAAUUGCAGGGAACUCGCUUUGGUUAUAUUGCGAACAGAUGGACCUCUUUUCCCCUAAGACCUAGUCAUGUGGAGUAUCCAAAUCAGACAACUGUGGUCAGGGUCGUGGCAGGAGACACAUAUGACCAGGCCCUUGCGAUGCAUUAUGCCGGUAACACCAUCGAUCGCAUGCCAGUAUGUGUUCUUAACUUUGCCAAUGCUCACACACCCGGUGGGGGCUGGCUCCAUGGUGCUCGAGCCCAGGAGGAACAGCUUUGCUACCGAAGCACACUCAAUGGUACUCUCCAUACAAACUUCUACCCAAUAACAGAUAUGGAGUGCCUCUAUUCACCCAAUGUUAUCGUUUUCCGAACCAGCGUGGACAAGGGUUAUGACUUCCUAUCGUCAGAAGAUAAGCUACACCUGAACCCCUCUGUCAGUGUUAUCAGCAUGCCAGCACGAAGCAAACCUAAAUUGACCGCCGACAACUCCACGUACCAGGAUGAGGGACAUCGACUUCUCAUGAAAGGUAAAAUGCAAUUGAUUCUACGUACGGCAGCACUCCACAAUCACCGCCGUUUGGUCCUCGGUGCCAUUGGUUGUGGGGCCUUUCGUCAUCCCCCUCAGGAGGUGGCUAACUGCUGGAGAGAUGUUCUUGCGAAAAAAGAGUUCAAGGGUUGGUUUGAGCAGAUACAUUUUGUAAUUAGAGACGCACCCGGUGAGAACAAUUUUGCAAUUUUCACGAAGACAUUGGAUGGUAUGAAAAUGAAAAUAACCUGA